AUGGAAUUGACUUCGUUGUCAGAAAAAAGUAUUAAUGAUGAGGUCCGACAGUACCUGGCGUCGACUCUUCAAGGCCAUCAUGUAUGAAGGAAAUACUUAAAUAUUUCAUUUUAUUUUUCUUAAAUUUAUUUAUCGUUAUCAAAAGAAAGCAAUGAUAAUGUCCGACAGGAUCUGGCGUCGACUUUUCAAGGCCAUCUUGUAGAAAAGAAAUACUUAACAACGUAUUUUUUUCUCCUUAAAUUUAAUGAUAUUGAACGAGGAUAAGGCAUGCAGACAAUGAGGAAGCUUGCUAUAAAUUAAGCAGCAAUUUUCCGCGAAAGAAAAAUUCGAUAUAUCUUUCUUUAAAUUAUUCUAUUUUACCGUGCUCCAAAAUAAUCUAACGAAAAAACUCUAGGAAUCACUUGCUGAGCCAUUGACUCCAUCCACAAUACAACCCAUGAUCUGUCUGAUGUAAAGAAUUUUCAGUUGUAUGUUAAUGUGGCUUUAUUACUGGUGGCGAUGAAAGGUCCUUAGAGCAAUCUUUCUGGGUCACGCCAAUACCAGAAUACGAUCAAUCGAAGCACCCACGCGUGCAUUCGAUAACUCUUUGCAGGUAUGGCAAAUGAAUCUACAUGUAUAUUUUGUUAUCUAAGGGACCGGUCAUUAUUUACCGCCGAGGGGGAAUGGGUGGGGGAGUAAAUUUUAGGUGGGAUCACUUGAUUUUUGGGAGAACAAAAGGGGGGAUCAGUUGUAACUGAGAACCCAAAAGGGGGCAUCACUGAAAACUUUGGAAGUAUUCAGAGGGUGGGACCACUCAAAUUUUCUUGGAAAAUGAAGACAUGGAGGGGGGGGGGGGGGACGCGAAAAACAUCAAAAGUUAUUUGGGGGGCCGGAUCACUUCAGUGAAGUAACAUUCAAAGGAGAGAUCGGCUAAAUUUCACCUUGUUUAGCCCCAAAUCCUCCCCCCAGGCGAUAAAUAAUGACCAGUCCCUAAUUUAAAUAUUACUUUCCACCCAGUGGCACGGUCCCAUUUUUGCUGAGAUUCUGGGUACUUAAAUUGAGGCUCAACAAGCAUGACUGCUUUAAGAUGUUUUAUGGUAUCAAUCUUUGUAUUACGUCAUUUGCUGAUUGCACCCAUCCGAAACACCAAGAAACAACCGCUUUUAGCCAUGUUCUUCCUGAAAAACCUUUUCAUCGAAAGGACGGGAGGAUUAAUCUGUCUUCCCUUCACGCACAGGAAGGACGGGAAAGCAAAGUUUCGACUAAGGCAAACGAAAAGAAGACACAAGUGACUAUGGAAAUGGCUUCAUUGCUCCAGGAUGACGUUGCAAAGGACAUGGCUUCGGCCACUCACGAUCUGUCUGAUGUAAGAAGGAAGUGUCUAAGGCCACAACCACACGAAUCCGGAUGCGGCGAAACCGAAUACUUCAUUUUUGCGUCGACAUAAAUUCACGCAUCGGCGAAACCGAAUACUUCAUUUUUGCGUCCACAUAAGUUCACGCAUCCACACGAAUACGCUACUGCAGUUUGCAAUUGCAAUUGCACUCUGGCCAGCGGUGUGAUUUCACUGUCCGUAUAUCCUUCCCACUUCCAGUGCUUUGGGGCAACAUUUCACACACUUCUCAAGUGGGAAUGCCAAAGAGAAAUAACUAGGUAAAGGCCGAUUGAUUCGUCUGGAGCGAAAGUAGACAGAGGGUUGUUGGCCUCUACUUCAAAUUUUCAAGUUCCCAUUUAAGCCUGGACCCGAGUUAUGACGUAGCUGAUUUAGAAAUAUCCGGUUUCAGUCGUCUUUACGAACUCGCCAAACCCGACGAAUUAACAAAAAAUUCCACUCUGUAGAGGGGUCUCAAUGCGGUCUCGGUGAGCGGAUUUACCGUUUUCGUGUAGAUGGAAGGCCGAUUCGUAUUAAAAAGCGUGCGGUUUCAAAAAUAUCCGGAUUCGUGUGGACGAGGCCUAAGGCUUACAAGUUUCCUUUUCUCACGUAACGAAGGGUGUGACAUAACACCCCUCGUCUGUACGUUCGUUGGGUAACGUUAAACGUGACCUUGAAGUGGAAAAAUAGCGCGUUACAAGCGACCGUGACUAAGAAGUGGAACAUUUUGGUUUGCGAACGUUAAAACUUUUUUACCCUCUUAAUUCUUGUACUGAAGUCUUGUUCUUGUGCCCGUGAAAUUUCAUCGUUUUUGCAUAGGUACCCCAAGCUCAAGAGUGAGAAUCAUUUAUGCGUGACAUUUUAUGAAGGCUUGCAUGUGGUUUCAAGCGUAUCGCAAUUGGGGUCACAAAUAGAAAUAUCAGCUCAGUAGUCUGUCUAACCUCAGUUGACUCCAUGUUUUCAUUAUUGAGUUAUAGACGAGAUUGCGUCACACAUUUAAAUAUUGCUGGUUUACACAUUACGUCAUCAAAAACUCAAAGGAAAGAAUUAUCGAUCCUCCUGAGUUCUUACUUUCAUGAAUUAUUAGAGCCGCUAAAAACUAAUAUUCAGAAAAAUUUUCAUUGCGAAAGAAGUUCUUCGUUUUGUGAUACAGUACGCUUAAAUUUCUAAGCUUUUGUGUAACGAGGCAUUUACUUGGUAGCUACUGCGAGCAAGCUCUCCGAGGCGCUCUGGGGGCGGGGCGGGAAAAGAAAGGAGCCUGCUUGCAACUACGUCUCUGGAAUUUGAAUUCUACCUCCAAUUCGCCUGUGGCUCCCCGUUGACUGAGCUGUCAGACUUUCGCAAAUCAGUGCGAAGCGGAAACGAACGCAAUUGUAAACAAAUAUUGAAAAACACGUGCCAAGGGUAAUCGCGUCAUUACUAAUGUCAUCUACGCCAAUCAGCAUUUCGCAUCGACUUGUUCAUUUUCCAGAGACGUAGCUGCAAGCUCUCCUUCCUUUUCCCGCCCAGCCGCCAGAGCACCCUAGAGAGCUUCCUCGUAGGCUAUUUACACGGCGGACGAGAGAGCUGUACCCUGGGUGCCAGAGACUUUUCUAGCGCGGAUUCCGGUUUGUCGGCCUACGGCCAACACCGAAAAUUCCCGCCGUACGCGAGAAAAGCCUCUGGUACCCAGGGUAAGAGAGCUGCCAUGAAGGCUGAAAAAUUGACUCUGUUGGGGGAUUUUGCUAUCUGAAUGGUCAUUGUAUUAAUGUCAAUGUUAAUGAGUUUCUCAAGAGAUGAAUUCACCCUGUAGUAGCACAACUCCGUGACACAUGUUUCUGUUGGUUUCCGGCCGCCAUGUUAGUGACCAUACGGAUGGGCACCAACAAUGUAGGUAAAAAAAAUGCUCCAGCGAGGGCCGUUGUAUAUUUACCUUCUUUCAUUUCUCAGAUUCUAGACUUUAUCUAUUAAACGGUUUUGUUUUUUAUUUUUAAUUGCGUGACAGUGAAAACCAGCAAUAGCGUUACAUUUUUUAUACGGGUAAAUGUCAUCGCCAUUUUCUUUAAUCAUUUAGCAAAGUUUGGCUGAUGACUAUGAAGUUAAGGAGGAUCAACAGUCUAUACACCAAGACCAAGAAGACAUUACAGUGUCUCUGCAACAAAGCAACAAAGAUGCCAUUCUUGAAGUGAUUCCAUCGACUUCCACCGAAGUAGAUGUAAGACGAAAACAAAAACACCAUAAUUAAUGAUUCACUAAUAAAGAAGAAUUUUCCUCUAGGGCGCCUUAUUUUGCUUACGUUUCACGUUAGAAGGACACAACGUGAUCUUCGUGUUCCUGUGCCACUAAUGUGUUUCGUCGAUGGUGUACCUUUUCUGCGCUGUCUUGGAUUUACGUUUCAGCGUCUUGUUUUCAUUCUCUUGAGAUAUUUUCAGUUGCGGGCUUGUGACUUCCAGAACGAUGGCUGAUAUAACGAAUCGUCUAGUAAAAUGGUGUGUUUGUUGUUUUUAGUCAGUAGGACGUGUAUCAGCAGGUGACCGCGGCUUUCUGGGUAAACAUCAAACUGUUGUCGUGGAUUUUCAUCCUAGACUUGAAAACAGUACCCUGGACCCAAAGUAAAUUUUAUCUAGCUCUGAACUGGUCAAUUUGAAGUUGCUUUCAAUAGAUAAUACUUGUAUAUUCCGUGGCUCUUGUCUGGCUUAAGAAAAUUAUGUUAUUUUUAUAUUUUUAUCCUUUAGUUACUUAUUUACUAACAAGGAAAAUAAUUACUUGAAAGCUGUGCUGUUUCAGGCUAAACCAAAAAUUUGAUAGUUUUUUUUUAUAUCAAUUUAAUUAGGAUGAGGAAUUCAAAGUAACUGACAAAGAACUUCUAACCAGGCGAUCGGCAUCACUAGGAAAUAAUCAAGCCUCUGCAAUGCCACUUUCAAUUGAAAACCUAGAGGAGUCGGACGAGGAUUCUUGUGACGUAGAGGAGAACUUUUCUACCAAACAACUGUUUUCAUUUGCCUGGCAAAUAGCUAAAGGAAUGGUAAUUAUCUUUGUUUUCUGGAUAAUGUUGCUGGGAUUCUGAUUCUGAGUAUAACUUGGAAAGAAGAAUUCAGAAGUCCAUAUUUUAUAAACAUGAAAUAGAUGGGAUAAAUGUAUUGGCUGUUUUCUAGAUAUGAGUACAUUAAAAUGGCUUAUAUGGAAUUUCUUUUCGGUGGACCCAGUUUUGGCUAAAUUCGUUUCGUUAUGAAUCUAAACGUAAAUAUUUUGGAUCAGAUCAGUGCCGAUAUUUACUUUUCAUUUGUAUUUUUUCAUCUAUACUUAACUACUUGGUGUUCGGCGUACCCCCGUUAUUAUGUUUUGAGAUAAUUUUAAUCGUUUUUUCGUUGCUUAUUUGUUAUUAGAAUCAUCUCGCAGAAAACAAUCUUGUUCACAGAGACCUUGCUGCCCGUAAUGUUCUUGUUGGCCAUGACAACCAGAUCAAAGUGUCAGAUUUUGGGUUGAUGAGACAAGUCUAUGAAGAUGUGAGCAGCUCAGCGAAGUCCACAAAACUUCCUGUAAAGUGGAUGGCCCCAGAAUCACUUUAUCAAGGGGUUUACACGACCAAAAGUGAUGUGUGAGUGAUGAGUUUUCCCGCUCCCUUGACAAGGGAACUAUUGAAACUUAUCUACUGAAUCACUUUUCAAAAUUGUAGUUGCCGUCAAAAAUUACAGAAGCAUAUAACUCUGAAGCACCUAAAUCCCCUUAUUUUUUUACAACCAUGCUAGGGUUUUUAGCCGUCCAAUUAGAAGCACGGAAAAUUGUUUGCCCAAAUAUGGAAUCAUAGUAUUGAAGGCGUCUCUGUCGAAAUAUAUAGCUGCUAAAAACGGAUCCUUCCAGUCCUUAACAGUUGUCCAAUUACAUCCAAAACUCAAGAGUACACGCAUUUUUGGGCUCCUUCGUGGGCAGUAAACAAUCUAAAUGCCGUGAAUCUGUACAUAUUUAUAACCUCUUUGGUUUUUCUCAUAGUUGGUCUUUUGGUGUUGUUCUUUGGGAAAUGGCUACCUUGGGUGAGUGGAUAGUAAUUUUGUAGUUUAUAGUUGUUAUGUUAAAUUUGAGGUGACGACUGACAAAUCAUAAAAACAUUUUUCAUGGUCUAUGACUCUUAUAGACCGUAGAAAUGAUGUCAAAAUGUUGAAAAACUCAUGCACGACCCGCAGGACAAUGGUUUUACAAUGCAAAGUUUUGAGCUCUCCAAGGGAAUUAAGGGAACCGUGCCUUAACCCACCUUCCCCGUUUCCCAUGGUGGGAUGUAGCUUAUAACUGUUACGAUUGUUAUCAAGGUUACUGCUACCAGGAAGGGCGAAAACAAUGUUUUAUAAUGCUUCAUUUGCGGCAAGUUUGAAUUUUCUUGUUUGAUCUGGGCUCUGUUUUAAUUAAGUGCUCUGAGUAGAUCUCCUAGAUGAUAACCGUAUGUGACAAUACAUAUUUUAAUAAUGUCAAAUUAAAAAAUUUGCGAGCAUUUGAUGACUGGAAACGAGAAGCCUUAUUGUUAAUCACCCUAACUUCUUUCAUUACACAUUUUACUGCAUUGGCAAUAUAUCAGACCUCCAUUCAAUCAACCGUUUUUGCAAAAUGGCCUUAUUGAGUUUAUAUGAGCAGAAGUGACAAUCGACUGAGGCAUCUUUAAUAGAAAUCUAUAUAAUGGAAAAUUGCAUGUAUUCAGUUGCUGAUAUGUAAUCAUUUGUUUUCUUUCUCGCAAUCGUCAGGAGGCGUACCAUACCCCACGCUGACCAACUCAGAGUUAUAUCGACUGCUCGAUACUGGUUAUCGCAUGGAAAGGCCUGACAUGUGCUCCGAAGACGUGUACGUUUCUUGAUUAGAGUGGUCUUAGAUUUAACAAACAGAUUCGAUUUUUCUGUGCGUCUGCUCAGUUACAUUUCACACCGAACGGUGCAGCAUACGAAUUCGUCAAAUAUUUUAACACCUUCUUUGAUCAUAUUAAAUACUGACCAGACGGACGGCAGGGGAAAACUUUUGAUGGGAUCCUCACUCUUAAAACAAAAAGGAAACCCUCAGUCCAUUAGCUUUAUGGUCAAUAAAGGCAUCAUUAUUAGUGACUAGGUUAAUCUCUUUCCUGGGGCCGGGGGAAGUACUACCUGUACUGGGGAGGCACUCCCCAAAAGGGGUACCUCUCUCAGUCUUCUGGUGUAGGAAUUUUGUUAGUCGAAGUGUAUGAAAGGGUAGGGAAAUCUGUCAUUUCGGUCUGUAAAAUGACUUAAGAGUACCAGAUAAGAUUUUUUGGCUGUGAAAAAGUCGAGAAAAUGUUCUAAUUUGUUAUUUAUUCAUAUUUAAAAGGAAGUGCAUUUUUCAGCAAUUAAAAGGGAUAAAGUUGAAGUUCUUUUCUGUCAAAAAUGAUACUCAAAAUGAUAAGGGGUUGGACCUCGGGGCAGAGCUUUACAUACUAAUGGCUGGAUAAAGGAAUGGGGAAUCACAUGAUAACCCAAACGUUCCAAGAGCCCAUUUUAAUGGGCUUUACGUGGAAGCUUCACCCAAAAGGAGUACCUUUUUAGGCCACAUGUAUAUGGAAAGUGGGGAAUUUAACGAGCUAAAAUGUUUGAAAUGGUAGGAAAUUUUGUAACUUCGGUAAUUUACUUUAAAAGAUAUUUUAAACAGAUGUACCUGUAUUGUAUGCUUCAUGUUAAGGGCUUAAUGGCUUAAAAAGUGAAGAAGUCGUACUAUUUUUCAGGGUAGGCAAGAAAGGAAUGUAUACGAAAGAGGUACCUAUUCCGUCAAAAAUGCUGUACAAAAAGGAUUGGGCCUCACUGUGGAGCCUCCCUGUAAACUCAUGAAGCUAAGAAGCCUAUAUAUCCUAUCAAAAAAUUUCUUUUAUUCCAAUAGACCUCUUUCGCUUGAAUGUGUUGUUUUCCCAAUACAGGUCAUGUGUAACGGUCAAAUUCCCCUGGGGCCUCUUUUGGGAAACCAAAACAUAAAAGCUAUAAAGAGGUCUUUUGACACUGUCUAAUAAUUGACUGGAGCUCUACUAAGCAUUGAAUGGUUCUUUUUUCUCUCCAUUCAUAACAGAUAUGAGGUGAUUACUGACUGUUGGAACGAAGACCCUUACAUUCGUCCCAGUUUCUACCGUUUGAUCGAAAAACUGGAGGCGAUAAUGGAAAGGGAUGCACCAUAUUUGAAUGUAAACAAACACAAAGAAUAUCAUCCGUAUUACAACGUGCCACCUGAAGCUAGUUCUGAUUAA